AUGCUUCUGGUGGCCAGGUGCCACCGGCCCACCUCAGCUGCACACUGGACCCUGCGGCCAUGGGGCCACCUGGAGGAGGGCAGCCCCCUGAACAAAGUCUCCCCGGACACAGCCCAGGGCAGCAGCUCACAGUCUGAGAGCCAGCAGGCCGGUGGAGUCCCAGCUUUGCCACCUCCAGGGGGCGCGGCUGAGCCUCUUGGAGCCCCUGAGGAGACAGCAGGGACGGUGACCCUGGGCCACAGCUGCCGCGAGGUGGCCCACCGGGGCAGCUUGCUGGACGGCUGUGUUGGGAAGGAUGCGGAGGCCGCGAGCGGGCUCAGCAGUGGAGCGUGGGGACGGGUGGACGCGGGCGUCUCCGUCGACUGGCUGCGAACCAGGGCAUCCACAUUCGAUGUGCAGAGUGGCCUCCGUCCCGUCGGGGGCGGGGGGGACGUCGUCAGGGAGACGCCCGACCGCAGGGACCUCAGCCGGGCCGUCAAGGUCGGCAUCCAUGGGCGCGUGGGGCCAGAGACCCUGUCACCAGCAGGUCCACGUAAGCCCAUUUCUGCAGGCAUGCCGGGGCCGCCGGGGCAGAGCUCAGCGCAGAGGCGUCUCCUCGAGGGGCUCUCAGGGCCCCACGGGCUCUGUGGGGACGUUCGGGGGACUCAGGCCAAGACCUGCCUUAGAGACUCCGGGACCCCUGCCGUGAGCAGCCUCCUGGAGGCUCCAGAGCGAGUUUCACUGAUUCCCUGGAGCCAGCCCCGCCCGGGGCAGGCCAGCACUGGCCCUGGGGCCACCCCGGGGUCUGUCCCAGGAUCUGCCAGUGGCUUCAAGUUUGGCACGCUGGGGGAGGGCCCUGAGGGCCCCCCAGUGUGCGGCUCUGAGCACAUCCUGGGAGGUCAAGGGGUUGUGGGCAGAGCCCCCCGGGGUCGUGACAACCAGCCAGAUCCCGCUCUCCCCCUGGAGCAAAACAAGCCGGUGGCGGAGAGCCCACCCCAGCUGGAAGGGCUGACCCUGCUGGGCUCCUCCUGCUCAGGCGGCGCCAGUGCCUUGCAGCCCCCAAUCCACCCCUUGCGCCCAGGCCCCCCGACUCCAGGCCAGGGCACGGUCGGGCAGCAGGUGGCCCCCCCAACCACACUCGCCCCAACCCCUGAGCAGCCCGCAGCCCCCAGACCCAGCUCCAGGCUCCGCCUCAGGGGGCUCGGCAGGGCUGGGCCUGGGGUAGCACUGCCUGCGCCCUCUGGGGCCCGGUGCCCGCGCCUGGUCCAAGGCCCCGAUGCCGCACUGCCCGCCCAGGUCGCUGCUCACAAAGCCCUGGGAAGAAUGCAGAGGAGACCCAUCGCGGUGUGUCAUUCUCUCACCAAUGUCAACCUGCCCACGGAGCUGUGGCUGCCCCCUGAACAGGCCAUCACGGUGUCCCCAAGGCCUCCUCGCAACCCUGCUGCCCCGCGCGGCCGCGAGGGGGCGCCCACGUCCGCCCUCCUGCCAAUCCCUUGGCUGCAGGCGGACGCCCAGCCCGGAAAGAUCCGGGCCGGGCCGGCCGAGGGAAGGGGCCUCCCACCCAAGACCCGGCGGGGUCCCCUGUGGCGUCGGCAGGAACCGGGCGGGAGGUGUAACAAGGGCGCCGCCCCCUCCAGAGGAAGACCCGCCCCCGAGGCGGGCGCCAACCUCGGCAAGGAGCGCCCUUCAGGGGUCACCGAAGAUUCUGGAGGACAGGGUGCCAUCCUCGGCCAAGGCCAGGGCCUCCACGCUGAGACCUGCUCUGUCCUGGUCUGUAAAGUGGACACUGACACGCCCAUCCCAACGGGAGCCCACCUGCCCCCAAAGAGUCUGCACUGGGAAGCUGGUACCCGCAGCUACCUGGGCCGCACAUCGGGACCUGGGCCUUCCCCGCUGCCUGUGAAGGACCCGGGAAUCUGUCUGAUCGCGGACAUGGCCAGGGGCACUGCACGAGGUGCAGUGGCAUGCGUCAAGGCUUGUGAAAAGUCCGAGCCCUCCUGGAACAUUCCUGUGGGGUGCCCUGCCCAGGGAAGGAGGAGGGAAGCUGCCUUGCUCUGUCAGAAGCGGGAGACUGUGGGACUCCCGCGGGACUUGGCGCUCGCGGUGGUGGAGGUACAUGCGCUUGGAGUCCAGAUCCCUGCUCUGGGCCCCAGGCACGGGGCGCAGGGAGGGGUCCCCACCACCACGUCGGUGAUCGCGCGGGGCGAGGGUCACGGACUCAUCCACAGACGGGGCACCGGACACAGCCCAGCCCGAGCGGGAGCCUGGCACUGCCGAGAACCGAGGGCUGGAGAUUUGCCAACCCCCGGAACAAAUUUAGCCAAGUCCCCGCGCCGGGACUCCUCCGCGGCCCCACCGAGCCCCGGGCCGGUUCCCGUCGCCUGCCUUGGCCGAGACUGGGCGCUGGGUGCCCCGCGCCGGGCGUGCCGUCGCCUCUCGUCGCGCGCCGGGCCUGCCUGGGUCACGUGGCACCGCGGCCCCAGCCCCGGCGCUGACCCCGCCCGGGGGUGGGGGCGCCGGGAGGGAAGGGGCGGCGCGGCCCGGGCGGGCCGGGGCGGGGCAGCGCGGAGGGGCGGCCGCAGCCCCGGGAUUCCCUGCGGAACGGCUCGGGACCCCAUCGCCCAGUCUCCAGCCCGCCUGUCGCCGCCCGCCGAGACCGCAGCGCCCUCCGGUCCUCGCGACCAGCCGGUGAGUGCCCCGGCCCCGCUGGCGCCGCGCGCCCCUCCCCGGCCCGCGCCUCCUCCCUCGCCCACCGAGUCCACCCGGGAGCCUCCGAAGCCCGGGCUGCGGAGGAGGUGA